AUGAGUCUCUCGAUUUUCACCUCGGCCCUCGGCCUCAACAUCGGCGCGACCAUCGCUGUUGCGAACUCGCGUGCCGCUGUUUCGAUGGCUGAGAUCGGUGACACCAAGGUCGCCUUCUCGAACGUGGCGCGGGAGUGGCGGUGCAAGUACUCGCCGGGCGAGAGCGGCGGGCCUGGCGACUCAAAGUCGCUCGCCGCGUGCCAGGAGCUGCUUACCGAGUUCCUGCCCCGCAUCAAAGCACUGCCCAAGGCCUCGGUGACGCGGCAGGUCUGCGGCGGCUGCCUCGACUUCAAGGUGUCGAUCGUCCAGCCGCUCGACGAGCACGGAGAGUGGGCUGGCGCCGACUACAACCCGCUCGAGGAGGAGUUCCUUGCGAAGCUCAAGGACAUCGACGGCGUCUCGCAGGUCGAGACUCAGGAGAUCACCUUCGAGGCGCUCUAG